CUCUUGUUUGUCUCCGGGGGGUACGGCUGCGUUCUCAUCGUGCUCCCCUCGUCGUACUUGGCAUCGGCGCGUAAAAAUCGCUCGUGAUUCUCAAGACCCACGUCGCCCGCGGCCAUCCGACAUCGUACGCCCGGGGAAUAUGGUUAUGGAUAACGACGCCCAGAAGGUUAUCGCGAUUUCUCUCGGGAAAAUAGCGACGUCUCGAGUUCAGCGUGGUGGACCCAGCCUGCAUCGUAGCCUGCUCGUGGCCAGUGUGCUGUACAAGGCGCGUACAACCUACUUCGACGAUGCGCUCCAGACGAACGGUGCGUCAUUUUCGCCCGUGAUGUGCGCGCCGUGCCAAAACGACGACGAGGAAGCCGAUUGUGAGCCCGAGCAAAUCGACGUCGAAGAGGACUCAUCGCCUCUCGCUAAGCCUAACCGGACGGUGACGUCGCCCGUGACGUCAGCGUACGAGGAUUGCGCCAGCACGGACGGCGGCGACGACAAGGAGAAUGUGGAACCGCCGAACGGGUCCGAACCCUCGACGACAUCUGCCCGCUGCCUCAAGCGUCGCCGCACUCACGCCGAGGACGAGGACAGCGGUGCGAAGCGCAGCCGGCUCUGGAGACGCUCGUCGUCCUGCGACUCUGACGAGUCCGAGCAGGACUGUGCCCCGACCGAGGAAGUGGACGCGAUGGAAGUCGAGUCCAUAUCGAACUUGGUUUUGGCCUUCAACUCUGGUCUGAAGGGCCUCUCUUCGUCUUGGGAUAACUGCCAGCCUUCCAUGGAAGAACCCCAGCUGCGACGGGGCACCUCGUUGCCCGACCUGUGUUCGGCACAGUCCGAUGUGCUCAGGACCCCGUUCCCACCUCCCGUGUUGGCGCUCACCGUCUAAAGUUUCUUUCAUCGCUCGCCUGUAAAUAGAGGACUCAUACACGAAUGCAUCGCGAAGCCCGCGUCAUGUCUUGUACAGAAUUCCCCCCGUUUUUGUAACAUAUUUUUAUACGCACACAUGUGGUCAUUGUUGUUUCUGUAAUAAACGGUUUUGUCAGCAGA